AGACCUAGGCUAUAGCCUAUAUGUAUUCUCAAGAAGUUACUACAAUUUUCCUUUGUAAAUUCUCUCCCUCUCUCUCUCUCAGCUCAUGCUUCAUCAGCAAACUCUGAAACACAUCAGAACUAGUGCAAGCUAUAAAACCUUAACAGAAACGAAAGUACACCCUCUCCUAGUCCAGUCACCACUUAACUAGUUCAGUUAAUUAACGGUUUUUAUCUUCUUCUUCCUUUUUCUUCCAUAUUUACCCUCAUAUCUCAACAACUCCACCGCCAUUUCCAAAAAAGCCUUCAUCAAAAUGAUAACCUGGCACGAUCUAUACACAGUUUUAACCGCAGUAGUUCCACUUUACGUAGCCAUGAUCUUAGCCUAUGGCUCCGUACGGUGGUGGAAAAUAUUCUCACCGGACCAAUGUUCCGGCAUAAACCGUUUCGUCGCGAUUUUCGCAGUUCCUCUUCUAUCCUUUCAUUUCAUCUCCACAAAUAACCCUUAUGCCAUGAACUAUAGGUUCAUCGCAGCUGAUACACUUCAAAAAAUCAUCAUGCUCCUUGCACUUACAAUUUGGACUAAUUUCACAGCUAAUGGUAGCUUAGAGUGGAUGAUCACAAUCUUCUCUCUUUCAACAUUACCCAACACUUUGGUUAUGGGAAUUCCACUUCUCAUAGCUAUGUAUGGUGAAUAUUCCGGUACCCUUAUGGUUCAAGUUGUGGUUCUUCAGUGUAUCAUUUGGUACACUUUGUUAUUGUUUCUUUUUGAGUAUCGUGGUGCUAAGCUUCUAAUUAUGGAACAGUUUCCUGAAACUGCUGCUUCUAUUAUUUCCUUUAAGGUUGAUUCUGAUGUUGUUUCUCUUGAUGGGAGAGAUUUUCUUGAGACAGAUGCUGAGGUUGGUGAUGAUGGUAAGCUUCAUGUUCAUGUCAGAAAAUCAAACGCUUCCCGGAGAUCUUUUAUGAUGACUCCACGGCCGUCGAAUCUCACCGGAGCAGAGAUUUAUAGUUUGAGUUCUUCCCGGAAUCCGACGCCGCGAGGGUCUAAUUUUAAUCAUACGGAUUUCUACUCUAUGAUGGGCUAUGCUCCGAGACAUUCUAAUUUUGGUGCUAAUGAUGUGUAUUCCGUUCAGUCCAAUUCCCGUGGGCCGACUCCAAGACCGUCAAACUUCGAAGAGAACCCUGUGCCAACUGCAACAUCGGCACAGACUGUUAACUCUCCGAAAUUUGGAUUUUAUCCGGCACAAAAUGUGCCGGCAGCUUACCCUGCUCCAAACCCGGAAUUCUCUUCCGGGUUGAGCAAGAGUGUUAGUAAAAACUCUCAGCAACAUUUAUCACAGCAACAGACUCAGCAAACAGUUCAAGUACAACCACAAACAGUUACUAGCAAUGGCUCUGCUGCUGCUGCUAAAACUAGCCAUGAUGCUAAAGAGCUUCACAUGUUUGUGUGGAGCUCUAGUGCCUCACCGGUUUCCGAAGCCAGCGGGCUUCAAGUUUUUGGUAGUGGUGCUGCUGAUUACGGAGCGUCUGAUCAAUCUGGACGCUCCGAACAAGGUGCUAAAGAGAUUAGAAUGUUGGUUUCUGAUGACCAUCCACCAAAUGGUGUUAAUAUUACCAACAAAGGUAUGCAAGAAACAGAGCUUGGUGGGGAAGAGUUGAAGUUUCCAGUAAAAGAAGAAGAAUUGCUGGUAGAAGAAGAGGUAGGGAAAGUGGAACCAGCUGCCCUGAACAAGCUAGGAGGAUCCAGCUCAACGGCGGAGCUACACCCAACAGCCACCGUGAAACACAUGCCUCCGGCAAGUGUUAUGACCCGUCUCAUUCUGAUCAUGGUUUGGCGGAAGCUUAUCCGUAACCCAAACACGUACUCCAGCCUCAUUGGUCUAAUUUGGUCUCUUGUGGCAUUUAGGUGGCAUGUGCAUAUGCCUAAAAUAAUAGAGAAAUCAAUCUCCAUACUGUCUGAUGCUGGUCUUGGAAUGGCUAUGUUCAGUUUAGGUUUGUUUAUGGCUCUACAACCCAAGAUGAUUGCAUGUGGAAACUCAGUUGCUUCAUUUGCAAUGGCUGUUCGAUUUCUUACAGGUCCUGCAGUCAUGGCUGCAGCUUCCAUUGCUGUUGGACUGCGUGGUAACCUUUUACGUGUAGCUAUUGUUCAGGCUGCACUUCCUCAAGGGAUUGUUCCAUUUGUGUUUGCCAAGGAGUACAAUGUUCAUCCAGCCAUUCUUAGUACAGGGGUUAUUUUUGGAAUGUUGAUAGCUCUACCAAUUACUCUAGUCUACUACAUAUUACUUGGUUUGUAAGAUGUCUAAACAGUUGUAACCAACUUACAAAGACAUAAUCAAUGGCUAUCUCUUUUGAAUCUUUUCUACUUUGGGAGUAUGCAAGCAUUCUUGGUGACCACAGUGUCGUCACAUUGUGGAUUGUGCUAUUAGCAAGGAUGAUGAUUUUUCUGGAUAGAGAGAACAAAAAUCACCAGCUAGAAUUCUUAAAAAAACAGUGAAGAUCCUUCCAAGUUUCCCAAAAUAUGGGAACUUCAUUAAAUUUGACCUAUUGAUUUGGCUCAAAUUCUUGCCAUGCACACUGACACAAUUUUCAAGAGCUGAGAAAAAGGAACUACUAGUUGAGCAUAUGAGAGACACAACAGAGGAAAACAGGGGAAAGCAAACGUGAGCAGAGUCAAUGAAAUCUAGAAAAUCAAUCUCUUCUUUAUGACCAUUGUUUAUUGUUUAUCUUUUCUAUUUAGUAUUAUUAGCUAGCACUAGUAUAUAGUAUUAGUAUUUUUGUAUUUAGUGAGAAAACAAAGGACUUGUAUAUUUUAUCAUUUUAAUCUUGUGAGCAACGUGUCAAUCUUAGAGAGAAUUUUUUAAUGCUCCUUUUAA